AGUACGUAACGGACUAACGCGGUGAGUGCGUCCGGCAUUUUGACUGUUAUUUUAUUUUUUGCUUUACUGUGUGUGAUUCGCUAUUAAUACUCAAUGAAAUGGAGAUAGAUUGGUUCAUCGAUAUGAUUAAAAGUCAUCCGGCAAUAUGGAAUGCGGAUUGUCAAGCGUACAAGGAAAAACCUAAACGAGAUAUGGCCUGGGAGGCCAUAGCUAGAGGUGCUUAUAACAAUUUCGAUGAAAAAGGAAAACACAAAAAAGAAGAAAUACUGAGGAGACUAACAGCUAAAUGGAGAAACAUCAGAGACACAUACGUAAAAAGUGAAAAAAAGCGAGUUCGCGGUUGCCUGAAAACACGAAAAUACGUUUAUGCGAACAAGCUUUCAUUCUUACAACCGUUCCUCGACUUGUCUGGUUCCAAGUCUAGAUCAAUCAUUAAAUCUGAAGAUGAAUCGACCAACAUGGACGGGUCGUCCGCAGACAGCGCUGAAGUUGAGGACGAUCAAAGAAUGACAGAAGUUGAAAUCAAUCAGCAAGCUUCGAGCACAAAAUACAGCGCGUCUUCCACUACUCAGGAGCAGCCUCAGGAGCAGUACAGAAGAGAAAGCGUCAUUUCGGACUACUUUAGUACACCAAUUGAAUUUCAACCAAUCGAUGAUGAUAAAGCUUUCUUCGAUUCGCUACUUCCCACAGUACGAACGUUCACAAUUGAUGAAAAAUUAGAGUUUCGUUUAGAAGUGCUGAAUAUUUCAAAAAGAAUCAGACGUAAUCAGCAGUAAGGUCUAUUAGUGUGAGGCUGGUGAAUAUGCAACCAAGAAUACAUGGGUCCUAAUGAAAUUACUCAAAAAAUAUGUUUAUAUCAAUGACGAAAGAAUACAAGGACUAAUAACAGCCGAGACCAAAUUGUUACCAUACCACGAAACAGUGCCGUGGCACAUAUUUUUCUUAACUUAGUUGCUUGAAGAGAAAUUUAUAUUUUUGAUAAACUACACACUACACACAAACUAUAAAAAAUCGCUAAAAUUGUAGCUGAUGACCAACUGAUCACUCAUUCGUUACAACCAAAAAAAUGGCAUCUAACAUCAGAAAUUCUGCUGCAGCGAUGGGCGUUACAUGUCCUUGUAUUCUUUAAUCAUUGAUCUACAGAGUCCGGUAUUAGUGCGUCGUAGCUCCUAUAAUAAAAAACUUAGGAAUUUUGUUUAAGUGCAAACCAAAAGUAUGUAUUAGGAUGUAUUUCAGGA